AUGAAAGCAUCGAACCAGAAAAAGAAGAACAAGCAUCACGCAAAACCUCGCCAGCUCAAACGGCAAACUGAAGAAGAGGAAAUCAAAAAGUUAGCAUCUGAGAGCCUUUCCUUUGAUCUCGCAAAGCCACCAACGCUUUUUACUGACCUGCCCAUCUCAAGAGCCACGUUGAAAGGACUACAAGCUGCCAAAUUUGAGAAACUGACUCCAAUCCAAGCACUGGCGAUACCUCGAGCACUGAAAGGGCGAGAUGUUCUGGGAGCAGCACGGACGGGGUCUGGAAAGACGUUGGCGUUUUUGAUUCCAGUCUUAGAGAUGCUUUAUCGGCAGAAAUGGGGAGCGAUGGACGGCUUGGGUGCUUUGAUCAUCAGUCCUACUCGGGAAUUGGCCGUUCAAAUCUUCGAGGUGCUCAGGUCGAUCGGCAAAUUUCAUGCGUUUAGCGCUGGACUAGUCAUCGGCGGUAAAAACUUAGAAGACGAAAGGGAACGACUCGGAAGGAUGAACAUCCUGGUUUCUACUCCCGGCCGUUUACAACAACACCUCGAACAAACUACCAACUUUGAUUCUGAUAACCUUCAGGUUCUAGUACUCGAUGAAGCCGACCGAAUCUUGGAUAUGGGCUUCGCCAAUUCUGUCAAUGCGAUAAUUUCUAGUCUUCCCAAUUCACGACAGUCGCUUCUGUUCUCAGCGACUCAAACAAAGUCUGUCAAAGACCUCGCCCGGUUAUCUCUUACUGGAGAUCCAGAGUACGUGUCGGCACGUGAGACAGGAGUUGAACGGGAUCUUACCACGCCAAAGGAACUCGUACAAAGCUACAUGGUAACACCGCUAGAAUGUAAAAUAGAUUAUCUCUGGGGUUUCGUAAGGACUCAUCUCAAGACGAAAAUGAUAGUUUUUUUAAGCAGCUGCAAACAGGUUCGUUUUGUUCACGAAAUCUUUCGCCAUCUACGGCCGGGGAUUCCCUUGCUACACUUGCACGGAAAACAAAAGCAAAUCAAACGGCUUGAAAUUUACGAACGAUUUUCCUCGUCUCCUCAAGCAUGUCUAUUCGCCACAGACAUAGCUGCGCGAGGGCUCGAUUUCCCAUCCGUCGAUUGGGUGGUCCAAGUGGACUGUCCCGAAGACGUCGAUACCUACAUACAUCGAGUAGGCCGGACUGCCCGUUAUCAAAGCGGUGGGAAGGCGCUACUGCUGUUAUUGCCCUCGGAAGAAGAAGGGAUGCUGAAGAAGUGGGAAACUAGAGGAAUCGUGGUCUCCAAAGUUAAACCCAACGAAUCGAAGAAGCAGUCCAUCCAGACUCAAAUACAGGCUCAAAUGUUCAAGUUCCCAGAGCUCAAAUUUCUCGGACAGCGAGCUUUCAUCUCAUACGUCCGAUCCAUACAUCUUCAAAAAAAUAAGGACAUUUUCAAGUUGAAAGAAAUGGAUUUAGUCAAAUUUGCUGAAUCCAUGGGCUUGCCAGGGGCGCCCCAAGUCCGGUUUUCUGGUUCGGGAGCUGGCGGUGCUGCUGGGGGGACCGGCGAGAGUGCUAAAGCUAAGAAAAACGCCCCACGGGAUUUGGAGACAUUGAAGAAACUUACCCUCAAUCAAAACAUAGCGAGUGCGCAAACAGUCAAUAAGGAUGGUAGGGAUGAAAAUGAGGCGGCAUCAGGUAGCGAUUCCGCGUCUUCUGAUUCCGGAUCCAAUUCCGAUUCCGAUGAGGAGGGUGAUGACGACGAAAGUAGUGAUGGGGAGGAAAAAACCCACUCGGACACCGCCGUCGCCCACCCUUCAGCCACUAAUUCCGAAGCAGCAAAACCAGCCGUUCGAACGAAAUAUGACCGAAUGUUCCAGCGGCAAAAUCAAGAUAUUCUUUCGCAGCACUAUGCCAAACUAGUCGAUCGCACUGCAGAUGGAAUGGAAGAUCAAGAGAAGGGAGACGAAGAAGACGAUUUCAUUCAAUUGAAGCGGGCUGAUCAUGAUCUGGAUGCCGCAGAGGCGGCAAUACCAGAUUCGGCUUACUUAUCCAAACGCAAGCUCAAACUAGCCACCUCAAAGAAAGCAGUGGCGAUGUCAGGUAUCGGCUUGGGCAAAAAAGUGAUUUUUGAUGACGAGGGAGAGGCUCACCAGGCUUACGAGAUCUUACAAGAAGAAGAAUACAAAAAGAACCAUAAUGUGGAGAGCGAGAUUAAGGAUUUCGUGGUUCGAGAAAAGGAGAAAGUUAAACAAGCUGAUCAAACAGAUAAGCUGGUGGCUAAAAAUAAACGGGCUGAGAAGAAGCGGAAACGGAAACUUAAUCCCGAAGGCAAUCAAAAUGAGGCGAUCCACGGAGCGAGAGUUGCUGAAUUGGUUUCGAAUGACGAGGAUGAUGGAUACAUUUCGCCUGAGUUUGAUCUCCCCUCGGAAUCCGAAUCUGGCUCGGAUGGCGAUGGUGAUCCGCAUCGGCACCGGCCUAAGAAAUUUAAGGCCCUUGGUCGACGGGAGAGUCUGGAUGAAGAGGAGGACGACCUUGAAGCCUUGGCUCUCCAGAAACUUCAACAGAGAAUCAAGCCCACUCUUUAA